AUGCCUGGCGGUAAGGGAAAGUCUGUUGGUGGCAAGGGUGCUCCAAAGGAUGCUGCGGGGAAAACUCAGAAAUCUCACAGCGCAAAGGCUGGCUUGCAGCGAUCUUCAUUCGCCUAUCCAACUUCUUCCGCGAUGACUCCAUCACUUACGCGUGUCGAGCGACAAGAAACUGUGAUGGAACUGUCUGUUGGACUUCAUAUCGCCAUUUCCCCUCUUAGGGAUCGUGGAUUAUCAAUGUUUUGUUCCUUAUAUUUCCCAUGCGGCCGUGUCAAGCGUUUUCUGAAGAACAACACCCAGAAUAAGAUGCGCGUUGGUGCCAAAGCUGCCGUUUACGUUACUGCUGUUCUCGAAUACCUUACCGCUGAAGUUCUCGAGCUGGCAGGUAACGCCGCCAAAGACCUCAAGGUCAAGCGUAUCACACCUCGCCAUCUUCAGCUGGCGAUUCGAGGCGAUGAAGAAUUGGACACUCUCAUCCGCGCUACCAUCGCGUUUGGAGGUGUGUUACCACGUAUUAACCGGGCGCUACUUCUCAAGGUGGAACAGAAGAAGAAGAACAAGAGUGAAGCAUAA